AGUGCUUUGAUUACCAACCAACAAAGUUGUUAAAAAAACGACCAAAAGCUUCUAUUUCUAGUAACUGUUUCCUUGAGGCAACGAAAAUACCCUUUAUUACUGAAGAAGCAAAUCAGAUUCAAGCAAGAAAACAUAUACUUCGUGGAAUUAAUGGUUACGAUUGUCCUGAGUUCUUUUACCUGGAAAAAGUUCAGGAAAGACUUAAUGAAUGUAAUAUUACCAAGCCUCCUUCAAUGCAAAAUCUAAUAGACGUAAUGAUAAUGCUAUGUAUGCGAUCAGCAGAUGUGGAAAACCUUCGUAUCAAUCGAUACAGACCAAGUCGUGAGACAUGGUAUAAUCCUGACUAUUCUUGGUACUGUAUUGCAAGAGAAUUACUUAUCUGGAUUCAGAGAUCAAUACUGGACAAAUUUCCCUUCUUGCUAAAGGAUAAGGAUGGAAAUACUAAUGUUGUACCACUUAAUCAAUUCUUAAGUCAGCAUAAAAUUACCUCAUUUAUAUUAAGAAAAAUAGGAGCUGACCAUGCUUCCAGAAUACAUGGAGGUAGGAAUGAUUCUCACCGUCAAUAUUUACGACAAUUGGCAUGUAGGCAUAAGAUAGGUCAUGCUUCAUCAGUUGAACAUUAUGGUGUAAUGAAUGACAGACCGAAUACUCCAGCACCUAAACAAGAAAAUAUAAAAUCUUUAUCAUCAUUAGAUGAUUCAGAGUCAGACCCGGACCCAGAUGAGGACUCAGAUGCUGUAUCGUUGAAAAUUAACUUUUUUCUUUUAGCCUUAUAUGGUGUACGAUUUCUUCAAGAAAUAUCCGGGUUUGCUAUUGAGUUUAUAAUAUCUUGCUGA